AUGCCUCUCUCCGGGCCACCCCUCGUCUUAGUCGCCACGGGCGUCGUUGGCUCGUCAUGGCUCUCAGGGGCUAUCAUGUCUUUUUCAAUUGGUGGAGCGCCGGCUGCUGCCGCGGUGAAGCAAUCGUCUGCUAAAGUCUGGGCUGAGUUGUAUAAGCGAGGAGCAGCUUCGAUGCCAAAGGUAGCCAUCGGCACGUCUCUAGCUUACCUAUACGCAGCGUAUGACUCUUACUACAACGAAGGGCCAUGGGGGAUCUAUCUGGGGGCCGUUGGCUCCGUUCUGUCUAUCAUACCUUUCACAUUGACAAUUAUGAAAGACGUCAAUGGCCAAUUACAUGAAGAGGCCCGCAGAGAAAGCGAGGUGACACACGCAAACACACUGCGAGUCGAUGGCCUCUUGGACCGAUGGACUACCCUGAAUUUCAUUAGAAGCCUCUUGCCUCUUGCAGGAACGGCCUUGGGAUGUCUUGCGUUCUACCGCGGUGGAUUCUAA